AUGCAUCUUGCGCCGCUGGCGCUGGCACUCAGCACGCUCUUCAUCGACGGCUUGAGGACGGCAGCGAGGAGGCAGAAGCUGCACCCCAGGCAAGCCAAGCUGCUGGAGAAGCUGAGCGAGUACGAGAUCGUGACCCCUACCCGCGUGGACGAGUUCGGCGAGCCCUUCCCCACCGAUGUCCACUUCAGGAGGAGGCGGCGGAGCGCCGGCGCUGCCCCCGACGCCUGGACGGCGGCUGCUUCCUCCUCCUCCUCCUCUUCCUCGUCCUCCCCUGAGGCUCACUACAGGCUCUCCGCCUUCGGGCAGCAGUUCCUCUUCAACCUGACGGCCAGCUCGGCCUUCAUCGCCCCCCUCUUCACCGUCAGCCUCCUGGGCGAGCCCUCCGCCGAGCAGCGGCGCCUGUACGCUGAGGCGGCGGCGGACACGGACGUGAAGCACUGCUUCUACCGGGGGCACGUCAACGCCCGGCCCCGGCACACCGCCGUCAUCAGCCUCUGCUCCGGGAUGCUAGGCACCUUCAAGUCUGAUGAUGGGGACUAUUUUGUCGAGCCGCUGCUAUCGCUUGAACAGGAGUAUGAGGAAGAGCACAAUAAACCACACCUAGUCUACCGACACCGGACACCUCCAACCAACUCUUCAGGGGACAGGCAGAUUUGUGACACUCCAGAUCAUGAACAUAGUCACAAAAAGAACAAGCGGAAACACUGGAGAAAACAGUGGGUAGACAGCAGCAUAUUAUCUGACAUGGAGACGUUGAGGAACAGCCUGGAAGUGAAUUCAUUUUCUGCGGAUGGCAACAAGACCGGGACCAUCAGUGAAAAGAAGAGCCACAGAAGAACAAAGCGGUUUCUCUCCUACCCUCGGUUUGUGGAAGUGAUGGUGGUGGCUGACAGCAGGAUGGUCGCCUACCAUGGAGCUAAUCUACAGCACUAUGUCUUAACAUUGAUGUCAAUAGUGGCUUCUAUCUACAAAGACCCAAGCAUUGGAAAUUUAAUUAAUAUUGUUAUUGUGAAAUUGGUCGUGAUACAUAACGAACAGGAUGGUCCUGCAAUAUCUUACAACGCCCAGACAACAUUAAAAAAUUUUUGCCAGUGGCAGCAAUCCCAGAACCACCCUGAAGGGAGUCACCUUCAGCACGACACGGCCGUCCUUGUCACCAGACAGGAUAUUUGUAGAGCGCAUGACAAGUGUGAUACUCUGGGUCUGGCAGAGCUGGGCACUGUCUGUGACCCCUACAGGAGCUGUUCAAUUAGUGAAGAUAACGGACUGAGCACUGCGUUCACAAUAGCACAUGAACUUGGCCAUGUGUUUAACAUGCCACACGAUGACAAUCACAAGUGCAAAGAAGAUGGAGGAAAAAAUCAACAGCACGUUAUGGCACCGACGCUGAACUUCUACACCAAUCCCUGGAUGUGGUCAAAAUGCAGUAGAAAAUACAUCACUGAGUUUCUGGACACUGGUUACGGGGAGUGUUUGCUUGAUGAACCUUCAUCAAGAACUUACGCCUUGCCUCAGCAGCUUCCCGGGCUGAUUUAUGAUGUCAAUAAGCAAUGCGAGUUAAUUUUUGGACCUGGAUCCCAAGUGUGUCCCUACAUGCAGAUGCAGUGCCGGCGACUUUGGUGCAUUAACAUUGACGGCGCGCACAAAGGAUGUCGUACCCAGCACACACCCUGGGCUGAUGGGACAGAAUGUGAGCCUGGAAAGCACUGCCGCUUUGGGAUGUGCGUGCCCAAGGAGCGAGAAGCGCCGGUGGUGGAUGGAGCCUGGGGGACCUGGAGCCCUUUUGGGACAUGCUCGAGAACCUGCGGCGGCGGCAUCAAGACGGCCAUACGGGAAUGCAACCGGCCCGAGCCUAAAAACGGUGGGAAAUACUGCGUGGGGCGCCGAAUGAAAUUUAAGUCCUGCAACACCGAGCCCUGCUCGAAGCUGAAGAAGGAUUUCCGAGACGAGCAGUGCGCUGACUUCGACGGGAAGCACUUCAACAUCAACGGGCUGCCCACCAACGUGCGCUGGGUGCCCAAAUACAGCGGCAUCCUGAUGAAGGAUCGGUGCAAGCUGUUCUGCCGUGUGGCGGGGAACACAGCAUAUUACCAGCUGCGGGACCGCGUCAUUGACGGGACGCCCUGUGGCCCCGACACCAACGAUAUCUGCGUGCAGGGCCUCUGCCGGCAAGCUGGAUGUGAUCAUGUGCUGAAUUCAAAAGCGAGAAGAGAUAAAUGUGGUGUUUGUGGUGGGGAUAAUUCUUCAUGCAAAACUGUUGCGGGCACAUUUAACACGGUGCAUUAUGGCUAUAACGUUGUGGUCCGCAUCCCAGCUGGUGCAACAAAUAUUGAUGUGCGUCAGCACAGUUACUCAGGGAAACCAGAGGAUGACAACUAUCUGGCCUUAUCUAACAGUCAAGGAGACUUUAUAUUAAAUGGAGACUUUGUCGUCAGUAUGUUUAAAAGGGAAAUCAAAGUUGGGAAUGCUGUGAUCGAAUACAGCGGAUCGGAUAAUACUGUUGAAAGGAUUAAUUCUACAGAUCGGAUUGAGCAAGAAAUAACACUUCAGGUUUUAUCAGUGGGCAAUUUGUACAAUCCUGAUGUUCGUUACACUUUUAAUAUCCCCAUUGAAGACAAACCUCAGCAGUUUUACUGGAAUGCCUAUGGCCCCUGGCAGCCCUGCAGUAAGCUCUGCCAAGGAGAACGAAAAAGGAAACCUGUGUGUACAAGAGAGUCAGACCAGCUCACGGUGUCAGACCAAAGAUGUGAUCGAAUUCCCCAGCCUGACCCGAUAACUGAGCCUUGUGGCACGGAGUGUGAAUUAAGGUGGCACAUCGCGAGGAGGAGCGAGUGCACGGCGCAGUGCGGACUGGGGUACCGCACCCUGGAGAUCUACUGCUCCAAGUACAACAGGCUGGAGGGGAAGACGGAGAAGGUCGACGACCGCUUCUGCAGCAGCCAGCCCAAGCCGAGCACGAGGGAGAAGUGCACAGGAGACUGUAAUGUGGGAGGGUGGCGGUACUCCGCCUGGACCGAGUGCUCCAAGAGCUGCGGCGGGGGCACGCGGAGGCGGCGGGCCAUGUGCGUCAACACCUACAACGACGUCCUGGACGACAGCAAGUGCAGUCAGCAGGAGAAGCUGACGGUGCAGCGCUGCAGCGACUUCUUGUGCCCCCAGUGGAAAACUGGCGACUGGUCCGAGUGCCUGGUCACCUGUGGGAAAGGGCACAAACAUCGCCAGACCUGGUGCCAGUUUGGAGAAGAUCGGUUAAACGACAGGUUUUGUGACCCCGAAACGAAGCCGGAGUCGGUGCAGACGUGCCAGCAGCAGGAGUGUGCGGCGUGGCAAGUGGGGCCCUGGGGCCAGUGCACAGUGACCUGUGGCCAAGGCUACCAGAUGAGAGCGGUGAAGUGUGUCUUGGGCACCUACGUGUCAGUGGUGGAUGACAAUGAGUGCAAUGCUGCAACCAGGCCAACAGACACCCAGGACUGUGAGAUAGCAGCUUGUCCUCCCCAUCCAAACAGUCCCGAAGCCAAGAGAUCCCUAUCAGGCAUUCACAGGACUCAGUGGAGAUUUGGAUCCUGGACACCGUGCUCCGCAACGUGUGGGAAAGGGACGCGGAUGAGAUACGUCAGCUGUCGGGAUGACCAGGGCUCGGUGGCCGACGAGUCCGCUUGUUUCCACCUGCCGAAGCCGUCAGCCACAGAAAUGUGCACCGUGACACCAUGUGGGCAGUGGAAGGCCUUGGAGUGGAGCUCUUGCUCGGUGACUUGUGGUCAAGGUAAGGCAACGCGACAAGUGAUCUGCGUCAAUUACAGUGACCAGCUGGUGGACAGGAGUGAGUGCGAUCCAGACGACCUCCCUGCCACCGAGCAAGACUGCUCCAUGUCUCCUUGUCAUCCAAACAGCCAUGACUACGGCAGGCCCAUCCACCCUUUCCUCUAUCCCGAUCAUCGCCUGAAACUGCACCCUGGAGGCAGCCCCAACCGAAACCGUGCACAUAUACCGGGAGGCAAUCAGUGGAGAAUCGGUCCCUGGGGUGCUUGUUCUAGCACGUGUGCGGGGGGGUUCCAGCGGCGGGUCGUGGUGUGCCAGGAUGAAAACGGAUACACUGCGAAUAACUGCGAUGAGAAAACCAAACCCAUGGAGCAGAGAUCGUGCGAGUCCGGUCCCUGUCCUCAGUGGGCUUACGGCAACUGGGGAGAGUGCACAAAGCCAUGUGGGGCAGGGACAAGAACACGGCUCGUGGUGUGUCAGCGCCCCAACGGAGAAAGGUUUACGGAUCUGAGCUGCGAAAUCCUUGACAAGCCACCGGACAGAGAGCAGUGCAAUGUGCAGGACUGUCCUAGAGAUGCUGCCUGGAGCGCUGGUCCUUGGAGCUCGUGUUCUGUCUCCUGUGGAAGGGGCCAAAAGCACCGCACUGUGUACUGUUUGACAAAGGAAGGGAGGCAUAUAGAAGAAGAUUAUUGCAAGCACCUUGCUAAGCCCAAUGUGCAAAAGAAAUGCAGAGGGGGCAGAUGUCCGAAGUGGAAAUCGGGAGAUUGGGGACAGUGCUCGGUGUCCUGCGGCCGCGGCGUCCAGCGGCGCUCCGUGCACUGCCACGGCGGCUCCCCGGCAGCGGCCGAGGCGGCAGCGUGCGACCCAGCGAGCCGGCCUCCGUCGCAGCGGGACUGUCACCUCCCCGAGUGCCCCACGCACCGCUGGGCAGCGGGUGAAUGGCAAGCGUGCGUGAAGACGUGCGGUGAGGCGUCUCGGUACCGCAAGGUGGUCUGCAUGGACGAGAGCAAGCAGGAGCAGAGCAGCGCCUACUGCGAUGCCAGCAAACGGCCCCCCGAGAUUGAGAGCUGCCAGCUGCCGCCCUGCGAGUACGUCUGGAUUACCGGGGAGUGGUCGGAGUGCUCCGUGACGUGCGGCAAGGGCUACAGGCAGCGCCUGGUGUCGUGCAGCGAGAUUUACACCGGCAAGGACCACUACGAGUACGGGUACCAGAACACGGUCAACUGUCCCGGCACGCAGCCGCCCAACAUCCAGCCCUGCUACCUCGGCGAGUGCCCCGUCUCGGCCUCGUGGCGUGUUGGCAACUGGGGAAGCUGCUCUGUGACCUGUGGAGUUGGAGUCAUGCACCGGUCGGUGCAGUGCUUGACAAAUGAUGACCAGCUCAGCAGCUUGUGCCACGUGGAUUUGAAACCCGAAGAGAGGAGGAUGUGUCACAACGUCCAUGACUGUGAAUUACCAAGGAGUUGCAAAGAUGUUAAAAAUCUCAAAGGUGUCACCGACGAUGGUGAAUAUUUCCUUAAAGUCAAAGGGAAGACAUUAAAGGUGUAUUGUUCUGGGAUGCAGACUGACAGCCCAAAGGAGUAUGUGACCCUUGUAAAUGGGGAUGCAGAGAAUUUUUCAGAAGUGUAUGGAUACAGAUUGCAUAACCCGACUGAGUGUCCGUAUAACGGGAGCAGACGAGAAGACUGCCAGUGUAGGAAAGAUUACACAGCAGCUGGGUUUUCCACCUUCAGCAAAGUAAGGCUGGACCUGAACACUAUGCAAAUAAUAACAACUGAUUUACAGUUUGCACGGACACAUGAUGGACGACCUGUUCCUUAUGCCACUGCUGGGGACUGCUACAGCGCAGCCAAAUGCCCGCAGGGUCGCUUCAGCAUAGACCUGUACGGGACAGGCCUGUCCUUAAUGGGAACAGCGAAGUGGCUCUCGCAAGGGAAUUACGCAGUGUCGGAAAUUCAGAAAUCCCCAGAUGGUACCAAAGUAGUAGGAAAAUGCGGUGGUUACUGUGGGAAGUGUACUCCAUCGUCUGGAACAGGCCUCGAUGUCCAGGUGUUAUAGCAAUGGUUGUCUGGGAGCAGCCCGCGGAGACGAGAUGGAUGAAGGAUAGCGAUGCAAUACCUCUGCCUUCCACUUUUUUUUAUCUGUUUAUGUGUGUAUAUAGAUCGCAUAUUC